AUGCAUCAAAGUAUUUUUCAUACGUAUGCGUACUUACGGAUUAACAGGAUUCUUCCUCGACUACAGAUUAACAGAAUUCCUCCUCGACUACGGAUUAACAGAAUUCCUCCUCGACUACGGAUUAACAGAAUCCUUCCUCGACAACGGAUUAUCAGAAUUCCUCCUCGACUACGGAUUAAUAGAACUCCUUCUCGACUACUGAUUAACAGAAUUCUUCCUCGACUACGGAUUAAAAUAGAUCCUCCUCGACUUCGGAUUAACAGAAUUCCUUCUCGACUACCAAUUAACAGAAUUCCUCCUCGACCACGGAUUAACAGAAUUCCUCCUCGACUAAGGAUUAACAGAAUUCCUUCUCGACCACGGAUUAACAGAAUUCCUUCUCGACUACGGAUUAAUAGAACUCCUUCUCGACUACUGAUUAACAGAAUUCUUCCUCGACUACGGAUUAAAAUAGAUCCUCCUCGACUUCGGAUUAACAGAAUUCCUUCUCGACUACCAAUUAACAGAAUUCCUUCUCGACCACGGAUUAACAGAAUUCCUUCUCGACUACGGAUUAAUAGAACUCCUUCUCGACUACUGAUUAACAGAAUUCUUCCUCGACUACGGAUUAAAAUAGAUCCUCCUCGACUUCGGAUUAACAGAAUUCCUUCUCGACUACCAAUUAACAGAAUUCCUCCUCGACUACGGAUUAUCAGAAUUCCUCCUCGACCACGGAUUAACAGAAUUCCUCCUCGACAACGGAUUAACAGAAUUCCUCCUCGACUACGGAUUAACAGAAUUCCUCCUCGACCACGGAUUAUCAGAAUUCCUCCUCGACGACGGAUUAACAGAAUUCCUCCUCGACUACGGAUUAACAGAAUUCCUCCUCGACUACGGAUUAUCAGAAUUCCUCCUCGACCACGGAUUAACAGAAUUCCUCCUCGACAACGGAUUAACAGAAUUCCUCCUCGACAACGGAUUAACAGAAUUCCUCCUCGACCACGGAUUAACAGAAUUCCUCCUCGACUACGGAUUAACAGAAUUCCUCCUCGACUACUGAUUAACAGAAUUCCUCCUCGACUACAGAUUAACAGAAUUCCUCCUCGACUACUGAUUAACAGAAUUCCUCCUCGACUACGGAUUAAUAGAACUCCUUCUCGACUACUGAUUAACAGAAUUCCUCCUCGACUUCGGAUUAACAGAAUUCCUCCUCGGCUACGGAUUAUCAGAAUUCCUCCUCGACUAAGGAUUAACAGAAUUCCUCCUCGACUACGGAUUAACUGA